GCUGCGAGGGACACCGUUCUCUCUGGCCCUCUGAUCCACAAGGAGAACCCAGACUCUCUCUGGGGAAGAGACUGCAAAAGCUGUCUGGUCCAGGGGCUCUCGCACUCAGUGAGCGUAGGAACCAGGUUUGGGGAGCUUGUAACAAACUCUGCUUCCUCAGAGUCUGCCUCAGUGGGUCUCUGCGGGCGUCCAACGGUGUGCCUUUCUCAUGAACUUCCCACGUGGUCCCGAUAUGGACGCUCCUCAGAGCACCCCCGGAGAACACUGGUCUAGCGCAGCCGGCUCCCCAGUCCGCGAACCCCCUGCAGGCUCUGUCCUUGAUCCCAUACCCCUCUGACGGGAGGCUCACUCCCUGAACCCCAAGAAGCCCCUGCCUCUGAAGGCUCACUGAGGAAAAGGGUCUGGCUCCCUCACAGCCAAGGCCCUCUAGCCCACCUCCAGCACCCCCUCCCAGCCCUCCGGAGGCAGACCCCUUGGAGGGUCCUGCUCCAGGGGAGGCUGGGAUCGUGUCCCCCCAGGCUGAGCUCCCUGCGCCCCCUGACUGAUGCCGUCUCCAGCUGUCUCACAAGCCCCCUGUGUGUCUGGGCCCCAUGAGGGCGGCCUGGAGCCAACCUUCCCACUGCCAGCAUCAGGGACUAGAGCAGAAGUGGAACUCACCUGCUCUCCCAGGUCAGGUCUGUCCGCUGGGUUCCUCCUGCGCAGAGCUCCCCUGGCCCCCCUGAGGGCAUCACCCUCCUGUUCUUCCUGGGCCCUAGUAGUCUCAGUGCUUCCCUGCUCUGCCCACCCGUCAGUCCCACCCUCCCCAGUGCAGCGGGGUGUGAGGGCUGAGUGGGGAGUGCAGGAGGCAGGCUGCCAGGGAGUCCAUACCUGGUGGUCGCCGCUCUGACGUUCUGCGGGCCCUUGGUUGGCGCGGGUUAUGUCCCAUACUAAAAAGGGAACAGCUCUUCUGAGAAAGGAGAGUCAGAAACAGAGGUGCUUUGUCUCAGAAUAGAGUGGGCCUGCGGUUUUAGGAACCCAAAGCCUCUAACUUCUAAAAUUACCAGCUUUGGCCCCCCCGGGCUACAUGGAGCCAACGCAACGGAACAGGUUGGGGACCCACAGCUCCAGCCCCUGGCAGCAGAACCUGGUCUGGGCCCAGCACUUCCUGGGGGCGUGGAAGGGACCUGACUCUGAGGGUCUAAGCAGCUGACAUGGACUUCUCCUGCGCCCACCCUCCAGAACCAGCGGUGCAUAAUCACGUGCUGGGCUCCUGCCUCCACACCUCUGCUCACUCUGCUCCCCCCCUGGAACGCCCGUCCCUCUCUCUCUGCCAGUCGUCCGCGUGCAGGGCGGGGUCUGUGGUGGUGCCCCGGUGCCGAGGGACAGCAGAGGCGCUUCAGAUCACGGUGGGCCACAUCCUGGGGGACGCCGGCAGCCCUUACCUCACUGGCCUUGUAAGGGUGGCUGCCGGCUGGUCGGGCGGGCCUGGCAGACGCAGCCUCUCUCUGCAGAUCUCCAGCACCCUGAGGGCCGGGCGCCCCGACUCCUACCUGCAGUCCUUCCUCAGCCUUCAGCAGAGCUUCCUGUGCUGCACCUUCGUCAUCGCCCUGGGCGGCGGUUGCUUCCUGCUAACCGCGCUGCGGCUGGAGAGGGACCAGGCCAGGGCCCGGCAGCCGGGCACAGGGACCCCUGGCAGCGAGGACACGGAGAGCCGAGUCCUGCUUUCCAGCAUGUGUGCUGCUGCCGAGGACCCCUGAGGCCCCCGCGCCCCCGCGAGGAGGUCCCACUCGCCUGCCGCAGCCCUCCCGCCAGCCCCGGCAGCCUCAGCGCCUCUGUCCCCGUUUGGCCUUGGCUCCGGGACCCCGGCCGAGCUGCACCUGCCACUGCUUCACUCCCAGCUGGAGAGCCGGGCGUGCCUGAGGCCGGGCUGGGGACUGAGCUGUCCGCACUCUCUGCUGGGAGUGGGGGCCGGAGAGGAAGAGGAGGGCAGCCCGGGCGAGGGCUGCAGGGCCGCUCCCCACCCUGGACCCCUCGCUCUGCAGGGCAGGAGGGCACAGGACACCCCUUUGCCAGGGUCACCCUCUGAACAAAAGGGGGGCAUCCGAUAGUCUUGAGGGAGGUUUCACUCUGCUGCCCAUGUGGCUUCAAGCUCCUGGAGGAGGAAGGGCGUCGGGUCCCCCACAGACUCAGCUGCCCUGGGACCACGCGGGGGAGGGGGCUCACAGCCUGGUCCCUGCCCACUGCUCAUGCUCCGACCCCGGCACAGCGCCUGGGGCGGGCUGGCUCUGCGGGCCUCGCGGUUGCCACUGGGUUCAGCGCAGCUGGGCGCGGCAGGAGACCAACAGCUUCCAGGCGGGCAGCAGUGGGGAGGCGUGUUCUUUCUGCCCCGUGAGCACCAGCUUCUCUCCCCCUGCCCUGGUGCCUGGCCAGCAGGGGCCUGCCUCCCAGCAGCAGACUCACGCUCACCUCCUGACCCUGCCUCCCUGCCCCUACUGCCGGACAGACAAGCUCUGGGAGCUGGGCCCCCCAGCUCAGCUCCCCCAUCCCCAGCCCUUCCUCAGGAGUGGCCACUGCCAAGCUGACCAGCCCCUCCACCCACAAUCUGACCCUUGGAGCGCAUAAAACACGCUGCCCCUGAACUUAUAAGGAAAAACCUGCACCGGUUACGGUGUUUGCAGGGGAUCCCACCUCUCCAAGCAGUUUUCUCCUGGCCUCCACUCAUUUCUGACCCUGUGUACCGGGAGAUAAGGUCAGAGUCCCCGCCCAGGGUAAGGGUUCAGUCCUACAAGACUGCUCACCCCAGCCCUGCCCAGUGGAUGGGCCAAGCACAGGUCCACAUUGUCAGCUGUGCUUCUAACUGACCAGCUGUGAAUCAGAGGCUCCCGUGCCCCCUCCUCAGGUUCUGUUAAUCUGCUAGAGCGGCUCGCAGAGCUCAGGAAACCCAUUUACUCAUUAGAUCACCGGUUUAUAAUAAAGGGCACGACUC